AUGGGAGGCCUCACGGGUGCUGUGCACUGGUGGGAGAAGUGGCAGCUGCGCGUCCUCGUUCUCAGCAGCAUGGCCAUCCAAAUGCUUCUCUUGGUCUUUUCCUCGUUGCGUAGGUUUGCUAUUCCUCGAUGGGCCAGAUCCAUAACGUGGCUGGCAUACCUCGCCGGUGAUGCUGUGGCCAUCUACGCCCUUGCCACACUCUUCAACCGUCAUAAGGAGGAUCAAGGUGGUGGUGGAGGAGGUGGCGGCAGCGGCGCCGUGGCCGGCACGCUAGAGGUGAUGUGGGCGCCCGUCCUCCUACUCCACCUUGGCGGACAAGACAGCAUCACUGCUUACAACAUUGAAGACAACGAGCUGUGGAGCAGGCACCUGCUCACUGCGGUGUCUCAGGUCACCGUGGCCAUCUAUGUGUUCUGCAAGUCCUGGCCACGAGGCCACGACAAGAGGCUGUUGCAGGCAGCAAUUCUCUUGUUCAUCCCCGGGGUUCUCAAAUGCUUCAUGAAGCCAUGGGCUCUCAAGAGUGCGAGCAUUUAUAGCCUCGUCAGCUCAUCACCAGCUGCAAGACAAAAACAAGACCAAGGCAUGUAUCCGCUCCAGGAAUACGUGAAACGAGCCAAGGAAUUUGUGGAUCAGGAGUACGAGGACAGUCCUCCAAGACCCAAGGAGCACGGUGAGCCCUAG